UCGAAGAGGAAGAAGGAGGAAAAGAAGCAGGAAAAUAAAGAAGCAGGAACACCUCAGAGCUCCAUGGUGUCCUGAUCCUUUCAGCAUCUUAUAAUGAAACCAGAGUCCAGACAGAGCUCUUCAAGAAAAUCUCAACAGACUCCUGCUGCCUCUGACUCAAAGAUGUACCAGUGCUCAGAUUGUGGGAAGAGAUUUGCAAAAAGCCGUCUUCUCAAAAGUCACCAGCACAUUCAUACAGGAGUGAAACCAUAUCAAUGCGGACAGUGCGGGAAGAGUUUUACCUUUCAGAGUAAUCUCAAACAGCACGAGCGCACUCACACAGGAGUCAAGCCUUAUCCCUGCUCUCAGUGUGGAAAAAGUUUUCCCUCUCAGCGUAAUCUCCGGCAGCACGAGCGCAUCCACACAGGAGAGAAACCGUUUUACUGCUCUCACUGUGGGAAGAGUUUUACUUGUCAGAGUAAUCUCCAGCAGCACAUGCGCAUCCAUACGGGAGAGAAACCGUACCAGUGUGGACAGUGUGGGAAAAGUUUUACUUGUCAGAAUCAUCUCCAACAGCACAAGCGUAUCCACACAGGAGAGAAGCCGUAUUAUUGCUCUCAAUGUGGGAAGAGUUUUACUUUACAGAGUAAUUUCCAUCGGCACGAGCGCAUCCACACGGGAGAGAAGCCAUAUCACUGUGUCCAGUGUGGGAAGAGUUUCACUUGUCGGAAUCACCUCCAACAGCACAAGCGCAUCCACACUGGAGAGAGGCCGUACCGCUGUGACCAGUGCAAGAAGAGUUUUACUCGUCAGAGCCUUCUCCAAAAACACCAGCGCAUUCACACCGGAGAAAAGCCGUACCAGUGUAACCAGUGUGGGAAGAGUUUUACUCAAGAGAGUCAUCUUAAGACACACUGGCACGUUCAUACUGGAGAGAAGCCGUAUUACUGUGAACACUGUGGGAAAAGUUUUGCUUGUCAGAGUACUCUCCAACAGCACCAGCGCACUCAUACAGGAGAGAAGCCGUAUCAAUGUGGACAGUGUGGGAAGACUUUUGCUCGUCAGAGUACUCUCAAACAACACCAGCGCAGACACACAGGAGAGAAGUCGUAUCAUUGCGGACAAUCUGGGAAGAGGUUUAGUCAAGAGGUUAAUUGUAAGACCCUCGAACACGUUCACACAGGAGAGAAUCCAUAUCACUGUGGACAGUGUGAGAAGGGUUGUAUUUGUCAGAGACAUCUCCAGCAAGACCAGCACGUUCACACAAGUGAGAAGUCGUAUACUUGUGGUCAGUGUGGGAAGAGUUUUAAUUUUCAGUGUAAUCUCCAACAGCACCAGUGCAUUCACACAGAAUUAAAGCAACAAUAACAUUUCUCUUCAUACUGUUUGAGACUUUGUCCUACAACCAGGCAAAAAGGCUCAACAGUUUUUGUUUAUUCGCUGAACAUUCUGGUUUUGUAAAAUGUAAAUCCUAUUUCAUUUUGCAAAAUUGUAACAGUUAUGUCAUAAACAUUGACUUUUGCU